AUGAGCACCGAGACUGGCCCCGGGCCAACAUUCAAACUCAGCGCGGUACUUGCUGGACACAAUGGAGAUGUUCGAGCUGUCCUUCUCCCUGACCCUUCUUUUGCCAUAACUGCCUCGCGCGAUGGCUCCACUCGCGUCUGGAAGGCCACAUCCACCUCACCACCCAUUUACGAUGCCACAGAAUCAUCUCACGGCGCACAGUACAAGACCUGCCUCGCAUAUGUUCCUCCAUCCAAAGAAUUUGCAGAUGGUCUCAUCCUCUCAUCUGGCCAAGAUGCACUCAUCGAAGCACGGCAACCUUCACUGACUUCAAACGUCAAUGCCGACGCCAUCAUGGUUGGACAUACCAAUCAGGUCUGUUCCUUGGAUGUUUGUCCCGCGGCAAACUACUUUGUGAGCGGGAGCUGGGACAACACAGCCAAGAUUUGGGAAGUUGGUCGAUGGGAAGCUGCAGUUGAACUCCAAGGACAUACAGCCGCUGUCUGGGCAGUUCUAGCAUACAGCCGAGACACAGUCGUCACAGGAUGUGCAGAUCGGGCAAUCCGAGUGUUUGAUUAUCGUGGGAAAAUGCUACGGUCUUGGGAUGGACAGAACGUCGUACGAGCACUCGUCAAGCUUGCAGACAAUCACUCCAGUGGAGCACAACUUGCAGCUGCAACAAAUGACGGUGUGAUUCGACUGUGGACUCUAGAGGGUGUGCUUGUCGGAGAAUUGGUUGGCCACGAGUCUUUCAUCUAUUCACUGGCUGUCUUACCCUCCGGUGAGAUCAUAAGUUCUGGAGAGGAUAGGUCCGUUCGAGUUUGGCAGGAUGGCAAAUGUGCACAAGUCAUUACGAUACCUGCAAUAUCCGCUUGGUCUGUUUCAGUGGGUCAGAAUGGCGACAUAAUUGUUGGAUCGAGUGACAAAUUGGCCAGAAUAUUCUCCCGGAUACCUGAGAGACAGGCAGAUGCAGAAGCCCUCGCUUCGUUUGAUGAAGCUGUCGCGGCAUCCAGCAUCCCUCAGCAACAAAUGGGCGACAUCAACAUGACAGACCUUCCGAGUCCCGACUUCCUGCAACAAAAAUCUGGCACGAAAGAAGGACAAAGUCAGAUCAUCAAAGAGACCGAUGGCAGUGCAAUGCUGUAUCAGUGGUCCAUGUCACAACAACAAUGGAUCAAGAUCGGCCAAGUUGUUGACUCGGCAGGAUCGAGCGGCAACAAAGCCAGUCACAACGGAAAGGAGUACGACUACGUAUUCGAUGUCGACAUCGAAGAAGGGAAACCUCCUCUCAAGCUACCUUACAAUGUUACCCAGAACCCAUAUGAUGCCGCCACGAAGUUCCUCCAAGACAAUGAGCUCCCAACUUCGUAUCUGGAAGAAGUUGCCAAUUUCAUCAUCAAAAACUCGCAGGGAGCCACCCUUGGUCCUUCACAACAGCAGCCACAACCCGUCGGUGCUGAUCCAUGGGGCACAGAACAACGAUACAGACCUGGCGAGCCUCCAAUAUCUUCCUACCAACCCCCUUCCCGGGCUCCCCAGGCUCCAGUGAGGAAAGCAUUACCACAGACGGAAUAUUUAUCCAUCAUUAUGGGUAAGCCAGCUGCUGCAUUUGGUCAAAUUGUCAAACGUCACAAUGAUUACCAAGACCUCGUAGGGAAACUCACAGAUGAUGAGUUCCAAAGUCUUUCCAAAGUCUCCCAACAACUGGAAAAGCACAACUUCCAAGCUAAGCCAUCCCUACCAGAUUCUAUUACUCUGAACACCGCUGUGAAGGCGCUUUUCAAGAUUGUCACGGAAUGGCAGCCGCCAUCCAACCGUCUGGCUGGGCUGGAUCUCUUACGGUUCAUUGCUGCUGCUGCUGCAGACUUUCCUUAUGUUGAGGUUGAAGACCAAGACAUUUUGUACAGCGUCCUGGAGAGUGGCAUUUUUGACCCUGGAUUUGUAACAUCGAACAACAAACCCGCCAUGGUGGCGGUUCGAUUCAUCUCCAACAUCCUAUACGGCUCCCCUGCUGGUCGAAAAUUGGUUAGAGACUAUUUCGAAAAGACCGUUGAACACAUCAGACUGUUGAAGUCGAUUGCUGCGUACGACCAACCAGUCGCUAUUGCAUUGUCAACCCUUUACAUGAAUCUCUCUGUUCUGAUCACGACAGAUAAGGCUAUCGGCGCCGAUGCCAAAGCUAGUUUUGGGUUGUCACUGGUGGAGGAGACAACCGAAUUUCUGAAAGGUUUCCCAGCGGUUGAUCACAGUGCCGGUGCCAAUCCGUCUGGACAGUCUACUGAGCCUGCCUACCGUACACUGAUGGCAUUGGGCAAUAUUAUUGUCAGUCUGGCAAACAGUGAGUUGACAAGUGCGGCGAAAGACAUCCUUGAUGUGCCCGGUGUACUGAACCAGCUUAAAGAGAAGAAAUAUCUGGAGGAGCCCAGAUUCAAUUCACUCACCAUGCAGCUGAUUGAAGCUCUACGCAGUGGUUGA